ACCUUGUUGAAGUGGGCAGUGGCGGUAAUCUGCGUCCUGGCCGUCCUACAAGCCACCUACUAUCUACAUUGGUACGUAUCCUCGGGUAGGCUGGUACCGGUGCUGGGCUGCGGUGGGUGGGUACGGGCAGUCACCGCCAUCAACGUUGUCACCACCAGCUCUAGUCAUACAGAGUCCAGGUGGCGACAAACGACACGUCCUUUCCCUCGAGAACACGUACCUACUCAGUAUUUCGACCCUGGAGGAGCUACUUGGAAAAAAGGGACUUUCUGUGACUCUUAUGUUGAGAACACUUUCCAGACACCCAUUGGUGUGUGCGGCUCGCAGCAGGAACCAGAACAUAAUAUAAAAUGCUAUCGUAACUCUCAAUCUAGAGUAAUGACGUACUGUAUUCUUGAGAGCGUGUUUCUCCCUGGCCCACGGAUAAUUGGUUACAAGCAGUUGGACGUAGGACUGCUUACUGGCGGAGCUGGAAGGUCUUGUCCGACUAUUUCACUCUCUGAAGUUUAUAAAACUUCCGAGGGAAACAGUCGCAAUCACAAGCUCUUAGGCAGAGUCGCAGAGAUAGAGAAAAAGCCAUCAGCGGUGUGUGGGGAGUGGAUCAACAAGACUGCGUUCUUGUACACUGCAGAUCAGGGUGUGCACAUCUACUUCAGAAUGAAUGCCUACUACAAUCUCCACAAGGCCAUAGCCAGAGAAGGAGUUGCUCCUGGCGAUUUUGUCAUAAUUAAGCACCCACUAUCUUCAGCCUACUUGUUUUCAGAAUGGGAGAAAAUGAAGCUCUUCCCUGAAAUGAUAGAUAUUGAUGAGUUGCCCAACAAGACUAUGUGCUUUAGAAAACUCGUCAUUGUUCCGUACUCAUUUUCAGGUAUUCCGUUCCGCUGCAAGAUGGAGGCCAACGUUCGUGGGCCUUGCUUCAACUGCAAGGGUAGAGGAUUGUAUGGAAGCAGCUUUUACUCGUUCAGGCAUCGAGUCGUCUCUUCUUGCGGACUGGUGGACGAAAAGAACCACGUUGGGAACAGGAUUACAAUUGUGUCUCGGACUCCCUACAACCGAUGGAAGAAAGACGAUCCAAAUAAGUUUCAGCGGAUACUCGAUAACGAAGACGAUUUAGUGAAAGCUCUAGGGAGGAAAUUUCCUAACACAAAUGUGACAGUGGCCCACAUGGAAAAACUGGGGAUCUGUGAGCAGAUAAGUCUGGCUCACGAUGCCGAUGUGCUAAUGGGUGUCCACGGAGCAGGCUUGGUACACCUGUGGUGGCUCCAGGAAGAUGCACUGAUUCUGGAAUUCAACCCAACCUUCCAAAAGGGGAACCCAUCCUUUAGAAUGCUCGCUACUCUCUCAGGAAGAAACUACGACAGUAUAACUGUCACUGGGUCGCAGCAUAUGGUCAGUGUCAACGUGGACAAUGUUAUAGACAUGUUGAAAUCUAAAACACAUCUUUCCUGACACCUAGCACUGUAUACAUGAUUAUUCUCUUUUGCGACAAUAACAGUUAACCCAUCAAAUUUCUAGAGCCUGGAGCCACACCAAAGGCUCUCUGUGGCAAUGCUAGAGUACUAUAGACAUCAGCAUACUGUACAGUGCACCAUGACGCUUACCAUACUAUUAUGGAAUGUAUAAAAUGCCACUGCACCCAGG